ACACACCUCUGUGCCUUUCCUGGCCUCCAUCAGACGUGUGCAUAUCUUUCAAACAGAAAUAAAAUCAGCAUUUACUGGGAAGGUAAACAAAAAUGGCUGGAUUUGUAUGAUAUGGAAGUAUCAUCAUUUUGAAGUCUGAGAGGAAUAUCAAGGACAGUGAGAUACACUCACUUAACAGUGACGUGCUUGGAGAUGAUCUGAAGACUUGAAGAAUUUUAAGAUGUGGAUCUACCACACUUCAGGAUUUGAUGGAAUUUUACCUUUGGCUUUGGACAUGUAACGUAAUCUUUCACUUUCAAUGUGUGUAAAUGGCGGACACAAACUCUGCAUCGGACACUCAGGUCUUGUUGCAGUCCAUGCUUCAAAGGCUGAGACUUCAACCAAGACCUGCGAGCAACAGCGCACACACACAAGAUGAAGUACAGUAUAAUGCAACAUUGAUAGAGCAAACUGGCAGUGCUGGUGAGAGCCCACCUCAAACACCGCCAAUGUACAAUUUUGAUUUUUCUAUGGACAGCAAUUUUAAUGUGACUAAUCUGGCCAGACCACUGAGUCCGGGUUCGACUGGCGUAACAACGUCUCUGUCACAAGAAUUUGCCAAAGGAAUCGAUGUUCACACUCCAGGAAUGUCAUCUACACCAAAACGGAGAACAUUAAGUUGGGGGUUUAUGAGCAACCACACUGUAUCAGGAGGGAACAGUGAUGUCCGUACAAGCGCAGAUGAUGGUGUGAUGCCUAAGCAGGUCAGGAAGCAAAAAUUCUCUCUGACAAAAAUGAGUGAUGGCAGUGUCCAGACGGAAUCAAACAUCCAGGGCCAGGGGGUUGGACAGAAGGGAUGGACCCAGAAGAUGAAGGAAAAAUGGAAGGAGAGACACAAAAGCAUACCCAGAAGAGAACAAGACGACAGCGAGAGACAAGAACAGAGCAAAGUUGCAAAUAGGAUCAGGUCUCCAAUUCCUAUACAAACUGGGCCCAAUGAAACCAAUACAACUACAGCAUUCAAUGAGGAAGUUAGUGUCCAGAGCCAGCCAAUCAACAAUGGUCCAGUCGAAAGCAUAUCCAGUCCACUCGAUCACAUGAGUGAGACCUUAUUUUCACCGGGGUCUUUUAACCUGAUGGAAGAGAUUUUCACUGGUCAGGAGUGGGCCAAGUUCCUCCCAUACAGCACCAGCAGCCAAUUAGCAUCCAGUUCCAUCCCACAAGACCAAAGAAUAGGAUUAACAAGCAGUAUUAGCCAAUCAAGUCAAAAUGAGCAAACCUUGCUCAGCCAGUGGAAUUACAGAGAGGCCACAGGCCUUGAUUUGGGAAUGACACAAUCAAAAAUGAACUCUGGAAGUUUCCACAACAUGGACACCACUGAAUACAUGUUUAACCAAAGAAAGACCUCAGAUUUCGGUAUGCAUCCUAUGUCUGAGUUACACAACGGUCAGUAUGGACUGUCUGAUUCAAGAUCAAACCAUGUGGAGAGCAUGGAUCUGCAUGUCAGCCCGUUGGGGAACAAUUAUACAAUCAAAGAACAAGCACAUAUUUAUCCAUAUAAGCAGUCAAACUCAAUACAACUAAAUAUAAAUCAGACGUUACCCAGUGAGCAAAGUGCGAAUCAGUCACAAGCGACGGAAAUAACCCACAAGCAACCUGGAAGUGUGCAUGAGGUUCUCCCCCAAUUGGAUUUAUCAUAUCUUCAGUCCAAAGACAAUUCCUCCCUGAAGAAGCAAGUAUCUCUGAGCCGCAAGCGGGGUCACUCCACAGAGAGAAGAGGUUCAAAUGAAUGGAGAUCAGAGACAGCAGAAAUACAUGAGUGGAGACAUAAUUCCUCCCCUUCAGAUCCAGCACCAAGUCUUUCCCCUGCCUCCUCUAUUUCCUCUCUCCAGCACUCUGUUUCCCAGGAUUCAGAGUCAUCGGUGUCUACAGAAACUGUGAUCAAAAAGAGGAAGGUGGAGAACAAACGUCAUGUGCGAUUUGCAGAUGAGGUGACCAUUGUACCACCCCUUGUUCUGUCUGACGAUGAUAGCGAUGCUGAUGAUGAGGAUUACUGUCAUAAUGGCAAUGAGGGCAAUGAUGACAGUGGAGAAGAGUCGCUGUCUCGCCCGUAUGUUCCCAGAUGGAUUGAGGCACUCAGGAGUAAGGCUAAUAGGAAGCCCAAACUUAAACUUCCACGCAGGACUAAAAAAUAUCGUUUUGUGUGACAUAGCAAAAACUACAAACACUACCUUCACCUGAAUAACACUGUUAUUAAAACACAGGUCUGUAAUAAGUUAUGUAAAGAAAACUCCAUGAUCCGUUCUGAAGUGAUCAUGACCUCCAAAGUGAGAAGCCUGCACUUCAAAACAUUUGUAGCUAUAUCUAUAAAUUUAACUAACUAGAUUAAUGCUUAUAAUUUGCAUUAUUUGCAUUAUUUUGUGUGAAUAUAAUACACUUAUUAGACAGUUUAUUAGGAACACCUAUACACAUGCAAAUUCAUGCAAUUAUCCAGACAGCCAAUUACGUAUCAGCAGUGCAAUACAUAAAAUCAUGUAGGUCAAGAGCUUCAGUUGAUCUUCACAUCAAACAUCAGAAUGGGGGAAAAAUCUGAUCUCAGUGACUUUGGUUGUUGGUGCCAGAUGGGCUGGUUUGAGUAUUUCAGAAACUGCUGAUCUCCUGGGAUUUUCACACACAACAGUCUCUAGAGUUUACACAGAAUGGUGCAAAAAAACAAAACAAAACAGAAAAAUCAUCCAAUGAGUGGCAGUUCUGCAGGUGGAAACACCUCGUUGAUGAGAGAGGUCAGAGGAGAAUGACCAGACUGGUUUGAGAUGACAGGAAGUCUACAGUAACUCAAAUAAGCACUCUUUCCAACCAUGGUGAGCAGAAAAGGAUCUCAGAAAGCACAACACAUCAAACCUUGAAGCGGAUCGGCUACAAGCAGAAAAUGACAUGGAGUUUCAUUCCUGUGAGCCGAGAACAGGAAUCUGAGGCUACAGUGGAAACAAGUCAGUGAGAUCACAUUUUUCUCCAUUCUGAUGUUUGAUGUGAACAUUAACUGAAGAUCUGUAUCUGCAUGAUUCUGUGCAUUGUGCUGCUGACACAGGAUUGGCUGCAUAAUUGCAUGGAUAACUGCAUGAAUGUGCAGGUGUACAGGCGUUCAUACUUUAGGCCACACCUACAGGAGUCACAGACUCCAAGCGACAUAAGCAAGUUAUUUCGAAGUGUAAUUUGAAUAUGUUUUGUACCUGCACUUGUACAUAUGUAGGUAAACUUGUGAGUUGCCACAGCCAUUUUCUCUUUCAGAAACUUAACAGCACAACGAUUUGGCAAGGCAAAGUGUCCACCAUUUGUUUAUUACAGUAAUGAUCAUUUAGAAGGGCCCUAUGAAAUAA